GGGCAGUCUGAAGAGCCAGAGUUGCCAUUUGGCUGUUCGGGUAUGGGCAAUAGCCCGGGAUUUCCGGAAGCUCAGUCUCCCUAUCCUGGGGGUCGACGACUAUCAGACAAGGCAGUUCCUAAAAACGACAAUUUCGAAGUUCGUUGGCACCGAUUUGUUGAGUCAUUGGAUGUAACUGAUGAAAAAAUGAAGCUUAUUGAACAAUUGCCCCAUCCGCGGAAGUUGGAACUAGAACUAAAUACAGUCAAGUUUUCACCAGCACAUUGCGUGGAGAGCAUUAAGAUGGCUCGAAUAUCACAAAUUACGGCAUCCAAGCGAAAACAAGAUCAUGAUGAUUUUCGGAAGAUAUUUACCUCUGCAGAGAUAUCUUUGCGCACAAACAAAAUCGAGUGGGUUUUGGAAUUUCUAGAGCACCAUGGGCUGGAAGCGAUUGUCGCCUUUAUGGGUGAUUCCUUGAAAUACCUUUCGAGAACUGAUACCUUCCGAAGCACACAACUGCACGCGGACACAACUCGUCGCAAAGGUUCGAUGUCCGUGGAGGAAUUUGCGCCCUCAUCGUUGGCUCGUCGGGACCCUUCAAGCCCAGCGAAAUCAAAGAACACUCGUGGUCCCAAUGAUAAACCUCCACCUACUCCAAACUUCUCCCUGAGCCGCAAUAAAUCGGCCUCGCCCACUUUGAAAAGUCAAAACAUGCCGUUGUCUACCUCAAUGACUCUCGAAACUCUAAAGGAUUGCCUUCAUUUGUGUCUUAAAUGCUUUAAAACACUGCUUAAUAAUCAGGAUGGGUGUACGAAAGCUUUUGAAAACCCCGAAGUGAUCGAAAUUAUCACGUUUUGCAUUUUGCAUCCGAAUUAUGCGACAAAGGCACUGGCUCUUGAUUUGCUUUCAGCGAUUUGUCUUAUCGGAGGAGGUCAUCCCAGAGUGCUAAAAGCAUUCGAUCACUUUCGUCGUACGAUCGGUGAAAACGCGUGCUUCGAGACUGUGAUGAAUGAUUUCAGGGUUCAUGAAGACCUUCCACUGGACCAAUACAAUCUGGAGUAUUCGGUGGCCUGCAUUCAAUUCAUCAACAUCGUGGUUCAUUCACCCGAAAACAUAAACCUUCGAGUUUAUCUGCAGUAUGCCUUUACCUUGCUUGGUCUUGAUGACUUUUUGCGGGCCCUGCAAGCUCGACCAGGAGACAAGUUAAAUCGACAUGUAGAGGCUUAUGUGAAUAACAUGGUCAACUGCUCUCUCCUUUUGGACGACGCAGAGGCCAAGGAGGCUGCCGUUGAGGAGGUUUCUCGUCUUGAGGCUGCCCUGGAGGCCUCUGAGAGCACAGCUAAGCAACAGGCCGCUUCGUUUAAACAAAGAGAUAUAGCUCUUUCGGAGCUGGUUGAAUCACUUCGCGGAAAGAUCCGUGACAUCAACGUGGCAGCAGGCCAACAGGAGGCUGCAAAUAAACGCAUUACGGAGCUCGAACAGUCUCUUGCUGCAGCACAUCGUCAGAUCCAGCGCCUGCAGGAUGUCGCUGCUGCUAUUAACGCAGCUGGGGUUGAUACGGAGACUAAUAGUCUGGGUCAAGUUAGACCUGCGCCGAACCCGAGGCAGAAGAAGCCUUCAGUGUGUAACAUGACCACCUCUACGACCCUCCCAAUGGGCUUUGAGUUUGCUGCUGCUGCUGCUGCUGCCGCAGAGAGUCAGCAGGAGGCAACGGCUGCAGGGAAGCUGAAUGCUUCUCCUCCCACAGUGGAGUCGCGUCGCAAAUCCAUGUCCCUCGAGAUGCUCUCCACCACUAAUCGGUCCACGAUGGACAGCGAGAGUGGCACUCCCUCCACCUUUCCUCUCUCCUCUGCUGCUGCCUCAUCUCGUCACUCAUCCGCCUCCUCUGAGGUGAACUAUGAUACGUUCUCGCGAAAAUCUGGAUCGAUUGCGGAGAAACCGCGUCACGGCCUUAUCUCUUGCACGCUUAUCUCGCAAGGUGGGUUCACGAUCCUCGGAUUUCUCACUUUGUUUCUGCCCCAAUGA